AUGACCGACCGUAACGAGAAAGCGGUGAAAGCGAUGAUCGAACUGUUCAACGAACUCAACCAAGAGCUGCCGGGCCGAACGGCCGAAGGCCUGGCCGAAAUUGAGAAGCUCGACCAGGAAACAAAAGAAAAAACUGAGGAAUUGCAUAAACGAAGAAUUUAUUAUAUGAAACGGCAUAAGGACCUGACGCCCGAGCAACUUGAAGGCGGAUUUCAGUAUAUCCAGGUGAGAAAAAUGAAAAAUUUUUGUAAAAAUCCAGAAUUUUCCAGGAUGCAAUGGCAAAAUUAGUGAAAAUUGGCGACAAAAAGUUGCAAAUCGCCGCCGGAAUCCGCAAACGAAUGUGCGAUGUUCUGAAGACGUACGACGAGACCGACAAGAACUUUAUCGAGAACUGGGAGGUAGAGGAAGAAGAGCCAGUGCCGGAGAAGCCUGUGGAGCCGAAGGACCCUCCGAAGACGGCGAAAAGCGGAAGAAAGUCGAAGAUCGCGGAGAAGGAGGAGGAAGUGGAAGCGCCGGAGGAGAAGAAGAAGGUGAAGCGGGGAAGAAAGAGAAAGAACGAAGUGGUAAAGGAAAAGGAGGAGGAGGAAGAUGACGACGGAGAAGAGAAAGAGGAAGAAGGAGGAGAGGAAGCGGCGGCGGCAGAUGACGACGGCCGACGGUGGUGCUGGUGCAAAAUGGUAAGCGAAUGGAAGAUGUUGAGCAUCUUUGAAGAGUUCUCACAUUUUUCUCAAUGUUUGCUCAAAAAAUGUUUUCCUCUUAUUUCUCAAGCGCUUCUCUAAAGAAAGCAGGAGUUACAGAACAAAGAUGGCGAAGACAUGGUGUGCUGCGACAACGACGUCUGCCCGCUCGCCUGGUUCCACUUCUCGUGCAUAGGCAUCACUCGGGCGCCCGCCGGACGCUGGUUCUGCUGUACGGCGUGCAAGGAACUCGGCGACGAGCAGGAACGACUGAGAACCGAGGAGAAGCAGAAGAAGCAGCAGCAGCGUGGAAUCAAGAGAAAGAAGUGA